AUGAAGUUCACCACCACCACCGUUCUCAUCUCCCUGGUCGCUGGUGCCCUCGCGGGACCGCUCCUCCGCGAUGCCCCCUCCGAGAAGCGCGACGUCGUCAUCGCGCGCGCCGACGCUGGCGUCCCCGACGCUUACACCCUCAAGGCCCGGGCGGCCGAGGCCGACGAGGAGGAGUGCCACGACGACGAAGAGGCUCUCGAGAAGCGCGAGCCCAAGAAGAAGAAGGCCAAGGGCGCUGCUGCCAAGGGUGCCGCUGCCAAGGGCGCUGCUGCCAAGGGCGCCGCUGCCAAGGGUGCCGCUGCCAAGGGCGCCGCUGCCAAGAAGAAGGCCGCUGACAAGGCUGCUGCCGACAAGGCCGCUGCUGACAAGGCCGGAGCUGCCAACAACGGAGCUGCCAACAACAACGGCGCUGCCAACAAUGCCGCUGCCAACAAUGCCGCUCCCGCCAACGACAUCACUCCCGCGAUCCCCGCCAACUAG